GCUGCGGUUCUGGCCAGCCAACAAGCUGCAGCCGUCACGGUAAUCAACCCAUACCCGACCAAAUAAAACCGCGCAACGGAUCACAACAUUACAUAAACGGUGUCGUAGAAAGUGACUGUUCAUGAAGCAUUCCAAAAUAGAUGUGUUUGUAACUGGUCGCCGCUGGAUCCGCAUGGAUGUGCUUUAGUGUUUCUGAAGGGUAAAACUGACCAGUGGCGCAAAACCGGAGAGGAGUGUGAAAGCUAUUUUGUACCGUUUGCGGUCAUGUGAAAUAAAUCAGUGACGACUAUUUUCCCUGUAAAUAGUGUAAAGGCAUACCUGCUGUCUUUAGCAAAGUCGUACAGUAUAGUAGUAGACUGAUAAUUUACAGUAAUUAGGGCGUAUUUUUUAUUGUGAAAGUUUUUUGCUCGAUUGAUACGUGAGUGCUUAUCGAUGCAUUAGUGCAACAAAGACUUUACUACAUUUUAUUGGAAAGCGAUACACGCGUACUUUCCUUAGUGCCGUUUCAGUUUUAUUGACUCGGCCGGUGUUUUUCCUUUUGAACUGUUCAUUUUCGUUUCGACGUUGCAGUCUGUACAAUCCGUAAUGUUUCUGUAACAGCGUCUUGAACAUGACAAAAAUCUCGAUUGGUUUCAUACGAACGUCAACGAGAAAUGGCGCACUCGCGCUUCAAGAAGCCUUCACGGAAAUGUGUACUAAUAUUAAUGCUAAAUUUACGAUAUUUAUAUUAAUUUACACUUUAAGGGUCAUUUUAGUUCUAGUGUAUAUACAAAUCAGUUCGAUGGUAUUGUUUGCUACCGCAUCAGAACGGAAAAAUUACCUCCUGUACAGACUACAAAGGGGCUUCAAUGUAAAAUUGCUUAAUAAAAAUCAUUCAUAGAA